AUGGCUGAAGGAGACAAGCGCCGCACCCCGUCCAGAGAAGUGCCCUCUACAGGGAAAAUAUACAAAACAUCGCUUGAGACACGGAUGGCGAACCUCCGACUGCGUGAAUGUUCUGCCCGCGAGGGAAGAAUGUAUACAUUUGGGGGUUUGGACGGAGGAACAGAUGCAAGAAGGACUCUGGGGGGACCCAUAAACUCACACCAAGCAGCUGGGGCCAGACCCAAGACCGGUCUCCUCUCUGGACCAUCCAGCUCCACGACUUCAGGAAGAUCAAUGCUUCCUGGUGGGGUGUGUGUGUGGGGUGGUGGUGUGUUGGGUGUGGGGAUGUUUGUGGGGUUGUUGGGGGGUUGUGUGGUUUUGGUAUGGGGUUUUAAUGUAUAUGUAUUGGGGUGGGGGUUGGGGGGGGGGUUUGGGGGUGGGUGGUAUGGGUGGGUUGUUGGGUGUUGGGUUGGUUUUAUUGGGGGUUUGGUGGGUGUGGUGGGGGGUUUUGAGGGGUGGUGGGGGUGUGUGUGGUUUUGGUUUGGGUUGGUUUGUGUGGUAGAGUAG